AUGAGCUUUAACCAAAUAAGGGUUAACUUGUUAUUUUUUAAUCUGAAUCUUCCUAUAAUGCCAGAAAGAGCAGCCCCCUUUGGAACCACUUUUGAGGAAGUUGUGCCUGGAAAGAAGGCAAAAUGUGGCUACUGUUCCCGGGUACUGGCGGUUUCAUCAAGCUCAAUCGGAAGUUUAAGCCGACACAUAAAAUCCGUCCACCCGACUGUACAAAUUAGCAGUAGCCGACAGCCGACAAUAACACCAGCGGCAAUAGAAGCAUCAGACGGCGACAUCAUAGCAUCAGUGGAGCCGGCAGCAGUACCCUCGAGUAGCGGCAGCGUGCAAGGAGGCAAACGAGCAGACGGAUCGCCUGAUGGUAAGCGAUCGGCGCCGCAAAUGGACACCUGCAACACCAGAGGAGUCACAGGUGCGUUGCUGGCCUUUUAA